AUGUAUUGUGUGAUUCCCGUAUUUAUAUAUAUUUACCUUCGGGUUUGUAUCCGAAUAAUUUCGUUACUGCAGUUUCUUUCUUUUUUUUUUGUCUGGAAGUUAACUCCAUUCAAGCCAGCACAACCAACGAAACACCAAGAGACUAGCGUUAUGGUCGCAGCAGCUGCUAACCAGUUCGUCGCUCCACCUGCUCUCGGCCGUCCUGUGAGACGUUACCAUCAUGACCCGUAUUCGGCCUGUGUGUUGGAACCCAUCGCCACAUGCUCGUCACCGCAGCCGCUCCUUUCAUCCACCACCACCGCCAGCACCUCCGUCUCUUCACACAAUAAAGCGGUAGCGGAAGAAAAUGAGGUGGUGGGUGGUAACGGACUACCAAGUCUUUGCUCUCCCGAUGCGAUGGUGCACAUUGGUUUGGUGGAGUUUAAGUACGGGGCCCUGGAGUUUUACCUCCCUUUUUCUGUGCAAGUGGGUGAGGCUGUCGUGACAGAGGGAGAUCGAGGCGAGGAUUUGGGUAUUGUACGCGCCAUUACUUCAUUACCGGCUCUGCCACCGCACGUGGAGGUGCGGGUUCUCCGUCUUGCAACCCCACGUGAUGUGAAACAGUACCGAGCCCUCUGCGAAAAGGAAUCGGAGGCUCUCCGGAAGAUGAGGUCGCUGGCUCAACAAGUGAAAUGCCCAGCGUACAUUAAGGACGUUAUGUACCAAUUGGAUGGUCGCAAGAUAACGUGCAUCAUUGUGCGGAACGUGAGAACGUAUGUUGAUUUUCGCCGCCUUCAGCGAGUUGCCUUCGAUGUGUUUCGCUGCCGUGUUUGGUUUGCAUACCUCGACGAGAUAGCAUUGCCCCGCGCCGCUGCCGGUGUGGCCGCAUUCACGCAGUGUGGGACGCGGUGGCGUGCACCUCGUGGGGCGCGAAUUCGGUCAUGA